CAAGCCACGCAACAAAGCCAAGGUCGCCACCACCAUUAGCUAGCUGGUACUUAAAGAAGAAAGAAGCAUCUUUGAGUAGAGUGUCCAACUAAGGCCCGAGUGCGUGCUUAGCCAUGGAGAAGACGACGGAGAGUGCGCCGCCGCUGAAGCUGUUUGGGUCGUGGGCGAGCUCGUACACGCACCGCGUGCAGCUGGCGCUGCGGCUCAAGGGGCUGGAGUUCGAGUACGCGGAGGAGGACAUGAGCAACAAGAGCGACGAGCUGCUGCGCCACAACCCCGUGUACAAGAAGGUGCCCGUGCUCGUUCACGGCGGCCGCGCGCUCCCGGAGUCCGUCAUCAUCCUGCAGUACCUCGACGACGCCUGGCCGGAGAGCCGCCCGCUGCUCCCCGCCGACGCAUUCGACCGCGCGCUCGCGCGCUUCUGGUGUCACUUUGCCGACGACAAGCUUGGGCCGGCGGUGGGUGCGGUGUUCGCAUCGACGGGGGAGGAGCAGGAGGCGGCGGUGCGGCAGGUGCACGAGAACCUGGCGCUGAUCGAGGCGGAGCUGCGCGACGGGGCGUUCAAGGGUCGCCGGUUCUUUGGCGGCGACGAGGUGGGCCUCCUCGACGUGGUUCUCGGGUGCGGCUCCUACUGGCUCGCCGUGUUCGAGGAGGUCACGGGGGUGCGCCUGGUGGCCGCGGACGCGUUCCCGCUCUUUAACGCCUGGCUGCGCGACUUCGAGGCCCUGGACGAGGUCAGGGAGACCAUCCCCGCCGUCGACCGCCUGCUCGAGUACGCGCGCGGCGUCCGCCACAUGCUGCUCGGCCUCGCCGGCGCCGGCGCCGGGGCCGCCACCUCCACCCCCGCCGAGGCCCCCACUGCUGCUCCACCGGCGGCCGCGGCCACGACCGCCGCGGCUGAUAUCGCCGUGGACAUAUGAUUGCAGGACGAACGUUUGUCAGCGCCGGCCGGCCGGUCAGCAGCAGUAGUAUAGUCUGCCGUGUCGUGUCGAUCGUGCCAUGUGGUGAGGCAGCCUAUAAUGCGCUUCUACUGCUAUAAGUCACUGGCACAAUCUGUCUAAGCCGUCUAGGUGUCUUUUUUCUCUCCUCCUGUGCAUCUGUGUUUUCUGUGUGCCUUCUUGUGGCUGGAACCUGGGAAUCCUGCGUGUUUGUUCUAGCAGUCUAGCUUUUGCUUGUUUAGAUGCUGUUAGCCAUGUGCACCUGGUAAUUUCUUCUUGUAAGUUGCAAUGUACGGCCUCAUGAAAUUGUGUUUA